UAAAGUUCAAAACUUUAAUGAAUGAAAAGUCAGUCGAUUUUUUCUCUACAAUUUCACGACAAAUAUUGAGAAUUAGGGAGAAAUCGGAGACAAAAUCCAAUGAUUUGAUUGAUCUCAUGAUGAGAGCAAAGGAAGGAAAGGAUAACAGUAAUGAUGAGAGGAAUAAAUACGAGUCGCAUCACAUCAAUGAAGGCGAAGAGGAACUCGAAAUCACAAACAAAAUACUGAAUAUAAAGCCAUCGAAUAUAUUCAUAACAGAGGAUGAGAUGAUAGCGCAGAUGUUUAUUGUACUGUUAGCCGGAUAUGAGACAACGGCCAGUACUCUGUCCUUCUGUUCCUAUGAAUUGGCACUCAAUCCAGACGUUCAGCAAAAACUAUACGAAGAAGUGAUGACUUUGAUGGACACAAACGGAGAGAUUGAUUACGAAGUGUUGAUAAAACUCCCGUUUUUGGAUGCAGUCAUUGCUGAGACUCUUAGACUCCACACACCUCUCGUUAAAAUAGGAAGAAUUGCUGCAAAGGACUACCGGUUGGGAAACACUGGGAUUACUGUAUAUAAGGGACAAGCCUUGGAAAUACCUGUUUAUGCUAUCCAUCACUCAAAGGAAUAUUAUCCAAACGCCGAAAUGUUUAUUCCCGACCGCUUUCUACCCGAAAAUCGUCACCAAAUAAUUCCCUACACUUAUCUGCCCUUCGGUUCCGGUCCUCGCAAUUGCAUUGGAAUGAGGUUUGCAUUAAUGGAAGUGAAGUUAGUAUUGGAUGAUUUGGGUGAAGUAGCAGUUGUG